CAGCAGGCGAGGCUGACCCAACAGGUUCCAGAAGCCAGGGGCAAUGGGGCGGAGCGUGGCUCCUGACUUAGGUGGCAACGGGUUGGGGGCCCUGCCACACCGGGGCAGGCGGCAGGCGGGCAGGAGACGGAUUUGCUGCUCUCUCCCUGCUGCAACCAGCAGGGUGCAGGCCAUGGAGCCCACUGGAGGGUGACAGCGGCCGGUGGGCGGGCAUGUUUGGAGGCCUGGGAGCACAGGGCAUGGCAGGACCCCUGCGGGGCAGGGUGGAGGAGCUGAAGCGGCCCUGGUGGAGGGAGAGCUCCCCGCUGGUGCUGCAGCACAGCGAGGCGGCCCGGCUGGCGGCCGACGCCCUCCUGGAGUGGGGCGAGGCUGCCUACCUGCGGGUCAUCUCCGAGGAGCAGGAGCUGCCCUUCCUGAGCUCCCUGGAUGUGGACUACAUGACCCGCCAUGUGCGCGGGGGUCCUGAGCUGGGGGAGGCCCCUGGACUGGAGGCCUCGGGCCCCGACCGCCUCAGCCUGCUCUCAGAAGUCACCUCGGGCACUUACUUCCCCAUGGCCUCUGACAUCGACCCCCCAGACCUGGACCUGGGCUGGCCUGAGAUCCCGCAGGCCACGGGCUUCAGCCCCACCCAGGCCGUGGUCCACUUUCAGCGGGACAAGACCAAGAACAUCAAAGACCUUCUGCGCUUCCUCUUCAGCCAGGCCCGCACGGUGGUGGCUGUGGUGAUGGACAUAUUCACAGACAUGGAGCUCCUGUGUGACCUCAUGGAGGCCUCCGGUCGGCGUGGUGUCCCUGUCUACCUGCUCCUGGCCCAGGAGCACCUGAGCCACUUUCUGGAGAUGUGCUAUAAGAUGGACCUCCACGGCGGGCACCUGCCGAACAUGCGUGUCCGGAGCACGUGUGGGGACACGUACUGCAGCAAGGCGGGCCGCCGCUUCACGGGGCAGGCCCUGGAGAAGUUUGUCAUCAUCGACUGUGAGCAGGUGGUGGCGGGCAGCUACAGCUUCACCUGGCUCUGCAGCCAGGCCCACACCAGCAUGGUGCUGCAGCUGAGGGGCCGCAUCGUGGAAGACUUCGACCGGGAGUUCCGCUGUCUGUACGCCGAGUCCCGGCCUGUGGGGGGCUUCUGCGGUGGCGAGGACCCCAGGGCGCCCUGCCCUCCUCUGGUGGCCCUGGCCCUCGGGCCCAGCAUCCCGAGCCGCAGGUCCUCAUCGCCCUCCAGCACCAGCCUCGGCAGCAUCAAGCACUCCCCUCUCAUGGGCCGCUCCUCCUACCUCGCUCUGCCAGGAGGCGGUGGCUGCAGUGACACGGGAAUGGGGUCCUCAUCCCCAGGCCCUACGUGUCGCAAAGCCAGUGGCCAGUCCUCCCUACAACGCCAGCUGUCAGAUCCUAACCGUGCCUCACCCCCGGGGCCCUACAGGGCCAACCUGGGCAAGAUGGGGGCGUCCCCGUGGUCCCAGUCCUCCCCUGCCCUCAACCACACUGGCACCAGCCCCUUGUCCCUGGCAGUGGGGUCCCCCCUGCUUACUCGCCCACGCUCCCUCCUCCCCUUCUCCCGAGGUGCCCCAGCCCUGUCUAGGCUCCCAGAGAAUGAGCUUCCGGGAAGCCAGGAGCCUUGCCCCCCACGAGGCCGCUGGGUACCUGGCUCAGCCCUGGAGACGGUGGAGGAGAAGAAGGCUCUGAGUCAGAGCCAUGGCCAGCUGGACCUCAUCCCCUUUCCCAGAGCUCGAGAAGCAAGACGCCCUGAUUCUGGUGUUACCUCCAACUCAGACUCCCUGUGGCCUGGACAGCAGGCCCAAAAGGACAGGAGGUUAUCCCCAAACCAGAGAUACAACCAGCUGGAUCUCCUGCCCCAGGCCCAAGGUGCUGGGGAUACCCCUGCGUCAGGCUCCCCCAGACCUGGCAGUGGGAACCCAGAGGACCAGAGGCUGCCUCCAAACCACAGCCAUGGCCAAUUGGACCCUAAGACUGGGGGCUCCAGAGUGCCCCCUGAAGCCAACUCCUCAGCCAGGGCUGGCAAGCAGGGCCGAGGCGAGCGACGGCAGACCCUGGGCCACAGCCAGCUGGACCUCAUCACGAGGUUUGGCCCGUUCCGGGGCGAGGGGCCUGGGCCCAAUAGUCUCCCUAGACCGAGCCCCGCUCGCAAGCCUGGAGUGGGCUCUGGGGAUGAGAAGCGGCUGACUCUGGGCCACAGCCAGCUGGACCUCAUCACCAAGUAUCAUCAGCUGCAGGGCGCCAGGCAGGGGCCUGAGCACGGCCUCCCUGGGAGAACCAAAGGGGACCAGCGCAACGGCAGUAGCAACGGCACAUGUGGGGACGAGAAACGGCUGACCCUGGGCCAUAGCAAACUGGACCUCAUUACUAAGUUAAACAAGUCCAAGUUCAAGCUGCUCCGAAGCCGCUUUGAGUCGUAGCCUUGCUCCCAGCAGGGACAUAGCCCUCCUACAUCUGCUGAGACUAGAUUUGGUUAGGUUCUAGACUCUGGGUAGAAGCUUGGGCAUAGGCUGCAUGGGGAGGAAAGGAUGUCUGGAAGCCCAGGUUAGACACUCCCUGUGCUCAGGGUUCUUGCUUACACACACACACACACACACACAGAUGCACACACACAGGGAAACGGAACCCUCAGUUAAUGUUAUUUGCCACUGUGCUGGGCACUUCAGACCAAUUAUGUCUCUUCCUUCAUCUUCACAUCCUGCAAGAUAGACCUCUAGUAGAUAAACAAUCCUAGGAUCAUAAGUGUUCAUCUUUCCUAUUUUAUAAAUAUGGAAUUGAUGACUUGCUUAAAAUCAGGUCUAAUUAAGUGGCAGAAAAGAGACCCAAAUCUGUGUCUUUUACUCUUUUGAUUGUGUUUUUGCACAGAUACAACCCACAAUAUCAACAAUUCAUAUGUGCCCAGGCAUACUAAAUAUACACACCACAGCAAUGCCCAAAAUGCCUUCACAACAUACAUAGCACAUUAACAGGGUUCACACCCACAGGCUGCACACCCAUAAGCACAAUAAAUGUCAUUUGACUAAAUGAAUGGUUACACACACUAUAUGCAUUCAGUCACAUUGUAGACCCCUCAGGUUCCACAGACCAUAUAUAUAUAUAUAUAUAUAUAUAUAUACAUAAACACACACACACACACACAC